UAGACCAGCUCAUCUACAGGGAUAAGAAAAAUAGCUUGUUACAAAGGACCUAAGUUUGGAAGAGUUUAGCAGAAGCGUUUUCUCACUUUGAUUAGAAAAUGUAACGUGUAAGGGUGACUCCUGAGCCCUUGAAUAUUAGAAUCGUUUAGCAUAAAAGGAAUGGCUGAAUAAAUUAUUUAUGUGGCGUUCGAUAUUGGAGACUGCAGAGUAUAUAAAUUGCUUACAUUUUUGCAGUAAAAAAAGAAUGUUUCCUUGAUCAUCUGCACUGAUACGAAAACUGGACAGACUUAGUAAUUUUGUUACGAUGUAACAGAUGUUAGAAUUGUGUGCUUUAAUUUGAAACAGAAGUCGAAAAUGAAAAUUGUGAAAAACACUGUCGAGCUCGUAUUGUUACUCGGUCUCGGUGUCCUUUCAACGUUUGUUUCUUUCCUAAGCCCUUCAAAUAAAACUCAUUACAACGUCUACGUUAGUUGCAAUGAUGAGAGGUAUCGCAAACCGUACAUUCCGGUUGAUGAACAUCUAGUUCCUUUAAAAUGGCUCUACGUUGCAGUACUGGUUGUAUUACCAUUGUUGAUACUCAUCGUCGAUAUCAUACUAUGUGCUGGUUUCCCAAAAGUGAAGAAAGAACGGAAGAAGCAUAAACUCGCUAAAGCAUUUGAAGAUUCUUGUAAUACUUUGGCUCUGUAUUAUUCCGGCCUGUUCAUUCUCAUGUUGUUUUGCAAACUUUCUCAAUUUUUGGGUGGGACUCCCGCACCAUAUUUUCUCACCCUCUGCUCGCCAGGAUGUUCAAAUGUUACUGGAUCCUAUCGUGAUGAGACUACAUCAAGAUUUUACAUUACACAAGAAACUUGUUUACGUGCUGCCCAGGAAAAACUUCGACCUGACACCCUGUCGUCUUUCCCCUCCAUCCAUGCAGCGCUUACAUGCUAUGCAGCAGCAUUUGUAACGAUAUUCUACUAUUCGCGAGGAACGACUUCAUACACUCGAUUACUCCAGCCGUCAAUUGCAGCAUUAUUUGUGGGACUUUCUAUUGUGACGUCAAUGUCACGCAUCAAUGAAUACUCCAAUCACACUGAAGAUGUUGUAGGAGGAGCCGGGAUUGGGAUUCUGUUUGCUGCUGUUCAGAUUACUCUCAUCGGAUUUAAAGAAUUACCAGAGAAGACAACGAAAAGCCAAUAAAGAGUGGAAUGUUCAGCUAGUGUUGUACAUGUUUAGUGGAUAUAUUGUCAAAAUGAAUAAACACCCACAUACAUUGAACCCACAAUUUUCCAUGGAUUUGAAAGUUUUUGUUCUUUAGUAUCUAGUAUACGUCAAGGUAUAUAGAAUAAUUUUGUUAUUGUAACGGAUAGCUAGAUUUACAUAUCUCAGCCAUGUAGGCUGCUAACCAAAGGACUAAAUAUAACGUAAAUCUAAUUUGUUGUUUAUGUGAUGUAGUUAAACUUGUUCUACUCAUCAUGAUGCUUUUCUUCUACAAUAUCUUCAGCCCUUUCACUCGAAUGAAUAUGUUAUAAACUUGGUUGAUUUGAUAUAAGGUAAAAGGUUUUAUAGUUUUUAAGUAAUAAAUCUCAUAUUAGACAUCAGAAUAA